GUUGCCAGGUUGCCGGUUGGUGUGUAAACAACGUGGUUCUAAGUUCUAACCUUAUUAAUUCCAUUAAUGUAUUUCAAGAUGUUUAGAUGUUUAAUUGCUUACAGAAGAGUGACAACAAAAUAAUUUUAAUACUAGACUAACGUUAUCAUCAGAUAACCAGCUUCGUUUUUCCAUAGAGAUCAUUAGGCAAAGUCUUCAUUCUGAAAUGGAGUUUGGAAAGGAAAUUGCGGUCACCAGUUGCCUAAACGAUGCUGUCGUGAGUGUGUACGCGUGGGAUGUGCACACUGGGGCUACUCUAACAACAUAUCGUGGUGACUGCGCGGUGGUACCGCUGGGUUUGAGUCUGCUGUCCGAGCAGUAUGUCGUAGCAGCACUGCAGGACAAGCCAUUCCUGCGAGUCUGGCCAGUCAACAGUCAGCAUUGCCUCGGCUCUGUUAGACUGGUAUGCCCUGGUAGAGUUACCCAUGCUCAGACCAGCCCUGACGGAUGUUACAUCGCUCUUACUGUAGCAGACAAACUCCAUGUCUAUCAGGUAGCCAGUGGUAGACUGAUAGGCUCAGGAGCCCGGCACUUCCAGUCUAUCAAGGUAGUGAGAUGGUCGAGAGAUGCUACAGAGGUGGUGUGUGGAGGGGAGGACGGACUUGUCACUGUUUGGCCUCUGUCAGCCUUCACCUCGGCCUCUACACAGCCUCGCCUAGUGCUCAGCGACCAUACUCUGGCUGUCACAGACCUCACGACCACCAACGGCAGUCGGCCCAGGCUGGUGACAGUCUCGGCUGAUCACACUUGCAAGAUCUAUGACUUGAGGGAGGGAUCACUCCUGCUGUCCGUGGUGUUUGACAAGACACUGACCGCAGUAGCUGCCUCUGCGCUGGAGACUGAGGUGUUUGUAGGGACAGAGAGUGGCGCCAUCCUGCGGUUCAGUUUGUUGUCUCCCCCACGCCAACUGGAGUACCACAUGGGAGCCGAGGAAGCUGCGCCGGUGUACACAGGUCACACCAAGGCUGUGCGUAGUCUCAAUGUGUCGUCUGCUGGCACACUGCUCAUGUCUGGGUCAGCUGACGGGACAGUCAAGCUGUGGCCAAUCGGAGGGAAGAGCCAACAGUGCAUCCGGACAUUCACACACAAAGGCCCUGUCACCAAUGCGUUCUUUGCUCCAAAACCGAGGCAGAUGUUUGACAACGAACUGAAGCCGACUGUUGUGUUGAACUCGUUUCAGACGGCCAACAGUGAUAAAUCAGACUGUAUCGAGGUGAUUACUACGCGAAGGUUGACUUUGUGUGAUGAUGAAACUUACGAGUAUUCACUACCCGGAGUUACUUCAUCUGUGGGAACAAGCUCUGUGUGUGAUGAAACAGUUAAGUCAUUGCAAACGGAAAUCGAUCUUCUGAAGUCGGUUAAUUUGAAUCUUUACAAGUUUACUGUUGAUAAGAUAAUAUCUGGAAAUACAUUCAAACCUCAUGUUCCUAAAGUAGUCAAAGUUGAACCGCUAAAAGUGAAAAGUAAAUCCAAGAAAAAUAAAAAGAAGAAUGCAAAGAAACCUGUUGUACAACCAACUGAUCCAAGUAUUAAUCAUAAUUCCAUCAUUGUACCUAUGAACGAUGAACCGACUCCGAAGAAAAAAAAUAAAAGGAAAAAUAGGUAUAAAAAUUUUAACAAGUCUGAUUAAAACUAAUUAGUUAUUAAUAAAACCUAAAGAGAAAACAGUUUAA